AUGGAAGUGUGCCAUUUAUUUACCUCUUUUCUUUCUAUAACUUUGGUUUUAAUAUGUAGGGCGGAAAAACCCUACAAUGUGGAGCUUAAUACCUUUGAGAUGGACCAAAUCAUUGAAAAUCAGGAAAAGUGGGUGGAGUGGGGAACUCUGAGGAUGAAAAAGGUCUCACGAAAUAAGUUUGUGGUGUCUGGGGACUUUGAAUUCAAACUCAACAUGGCUGAUCAGCAGAAGAUUGCUCUUAUGGUUUUCACCUACAAUUCCAAUGCCAGAAAGAGGGGUCCCAUGGUGUUGAAUAUGAAUAAGCCCUUCUGUAAGUUCAUCAACGAGGAUAAGGACACGUAUCCACAGAUACAGAAGGUCUCCAAUUUACCGGAGCAGGGAAAAUGUCCCUUCCCCAAAGGCAAAUACCAGAUCGACAAUUACGAAAUGGAGACCAAUUUCCUGCCGGAUAAUGCCCCAAAAGGGGAUUAUCUUCUGCAGUUGACCCUGCUGGAUAAUGAAAUACCAGUGGCUGGACUUGAGGCCACUGUAACCCUGACUUAGGUUAGGUGUAUGUUCUUCCCCAAUAUUUUUACUAGUUUCUGAUUUUUUCCGGUUGGAUCCAUUUGACACGAUAAGCGUUUAUUUGAAUUUUCUUUACCUUAA